AUGGAGGAUGAAUAUAAACUUCCUACAGUGGACCAUGUUGAUGUAUUUAUAUGUGCUGAGAUUCCAAACAGAAAUGAGGACCCGGAGUUAUACACACUUGUGAAAGACUAUAUGAUUCAUGGUCCAUGUGGUCUUGCUAACCUAAGUUGUCCAUGUAUGGUUGAUAGAAAAUGUUUGAAAGGCUUUCCAAAAAAGUUUCAAGAUCAUACGACAUUAGAUUCAAAUGGAUUCCCAGUAUACAGAAGAAGAAACGAUGGAGCAACAGUUAUAAAGAACCGCAUUGAGCUAGAUAAUAGAAGUGUUGUACCAUACAACAAAAAGCUGUUGAAAAGGUAUCAGGCGCACAUAAAUGUUGAGUGGUGCAAUCAAGCUGGGUCUAUCAAAUAUUUGCUUAAAUACAUCAACAAAGGACCUGAUAGAGCAACUGUUGUUGUUGUGCAAGGGGAUAACCAAAACGAAGAACCAUCAAAAGAUGAGAUAAAAGAGUAUUAUGAUUGUAGGUACAUCUCAGCUUAUGAGGCAUCUUGGAGGAUAUUCUCUAAUGAAAUUGAAAAUCGUUGCUGGGAACCUAGGCAAAAGGGAAAAGCGAUUGGCAGAAUUCACUCUGUACCCCCUUCUUUUGGUGAAGCAUAUUUUUUAAGGAUUCUUCUUAACAAAGUCAAAGGGCCAAAAUCAUUUGAUGACAUUAGAACCGUUAAUGGUCAUGUACACGAUACCUUUAGAGAUGCGUGUUACGCACUUGGUCUUUUGGACGAUGACACGGAGUACAUUGAAGCAAUCAAGGAAGCAAAUGAAACAACAACAUGUUCAUAUAUUCGUGUUUUGUUUGCAAUGAUGUUGUUAUCAAAUACCCUGUCUAGACCUAAGGUGGUAUGGCAAAGCACGUGGAAAUAUAUGACGGAUGACUUUAUUUAUAGAUUAAGAAAAUUUCAUCGAUCUGAAGCUUUGUCAGUUCCUGAGGACCACCUUAAAAACUAUGCUAUAGGCGAAAUAGAAAAAUUUUUGUUCGGAAUAACUCAUCUCUACGAAGAUCAUGGAAACGAGUACGAAAGCAAAAUGAGUAUGCUAAACGAUGAACAACGGUCUGUUUUUGAAGAAAUACUGAAAGUCGUUGACGGUGAUACAUGUGGUGUAUUCUUUGUCUAUGGAUAUGGUGGAAGCGGUAAAACCUUCUUAUGGAAGACAUUGGCAGCAACAAUUAGAUCUAAGGGUCAAAUUGUAUUAAAUGUCGCAUCAAGUGGAAUUGCAUCAUUGCUACUGACUGACAGUGACACAGCUAGAUUACUACGUGAAACCAAGUUAAUUAUAUGGGAUGAAGCUCCAAUGGUUCAUAAACACGCCUUCGAAGCUUUGGAUAGAACGAUGAAUGACAUAUUCAAUAUGGACACUUCCAUAGGUUCUGAAAUAUCAUUUGGAGGACUGCAUCGUUGCUACUGA